GUUAGCGACCGAACCUGGGAGCGGGCGGCUGUCGGCGGCGGCCCGGAGCACGGCACACGGCGCCGGAGUCGUUCUCGCUCCAGCCUUCGAGUAUCGAGGGUCCCGCCGCGGACCGGACUCGCGGACGCCUCCCGUCCCCGGUCCGCCUCCGAACGCGAGCCGGAGAGCGCCCCCCGCCCCUCACCUCGGCGCCAGCCCUGCGGACGGGAGGCGCGAUGGAGUUCAAGCUGGAGGCGCACCGCAUCGUCAGCAUCUCCCUGGGCAAGAUCUACAACUCGCGGGUCCAGCGCGGCGGCAUCAAGCUGCACAAGAACCUGCUGGUCUCGCUCGUGCUGCGCAGCGCCCGCCAGGUCUACCUGAGUGACCCGUGCCCGGGCCUCUACCUGGCCGGCCCCGCGGGGAGCCCGGCGAUGCCGCCGCCGCCGCCGCCGCAGCAGCAGCAGCAGCCCGGGGAGCCGGCGGCCGGGCCGCCCGCGGGCUGGGGGGAGCCGCCGCCGCCGGCCGCCGCCCGAGCCGCCUGGCCCGAGCCCGAGCCGCAGCCGGAGCGCCCCGCGGCCCCCGUCACGGGCGCCGGGGACGCUCCUCGGGGCGGAGAGGUGGAGGCGGCGGAAGCUGCCUGGCGCCGCGUGGAGGGAGCGCGCGAGGCGGCGGAGGGAGGAGCCGCGGGCCCCGCCGGAGGCUCGGACGGCUUCCCCGAGGGGCCCCGGGGGACGCGCCGCCAGUGCGGCUGCCCCCCGGGAGCGGAGGACAGGCCCGGGGCGCCGGGCGCGUGCCCCCGACUGGCCUGCUGCUGCGCGCCGCGGCCCGCCGAGGACGAGCCCCCAGCGCCGCCCGCCGUCGGCCCCCGGAAGCGAGGCGCGGCGGGCGUGGGUGGCGGCCCCGCGGGCGGCCCGGCGUCCGGCUCCAGCCCGCUGAAGAAGCCCCGCCGGAACUCGGAGGAGCAGCCGGGCGGGGCGGCGGCGGCGGCGGCGGCGGCGGAGGAGGAGGAGAUGGAGACCGGUAACGUGGCUAACCUCAUUAGCAUCUUCGGUUCCAGCUUCUCGGGACUGUUGCGGAAAAGCCCCGGGGGCGGCCGCGAGGAAGCCGAGGGAGAGGAGAGCGGGGCGGAAGCCGCGGAGCCCGGGCAGAUCUGCUGCGAUAAGCCGGUGCUGAGAGACAUGAACCCUUGGAGCACAGCCAUCGUGGCCUUCUGAGCCCCGGGCGCCCAGCCCCUUCGGAAGGAGGCUGAGCCGCGGGGUGGCCCCGACGUGAGGCUGCGAGGGCGGCCGCGGGACCGUAGGCGCUGGGCGCGCGGCGGAGACUGUGGGCGCUGCCGGCAGCACGGACUCGCCCCUGGGCUCGGCGGCCCUGCUGGGCCGAGCCUCCCCGCCGUCGCCUCGGGGGACCUGGGGGCGUGAGGCUCGUCGGAAGAGGACGCUCGUUCACUUUUGUGUAGUGUUCUGUCUGUGUACGUACGUGUGUCUUGUUGAAUUAAGACCCUUCUGUCCUUCUGGAAUGCAUCCCCCCUUUCCCAGGGCUUAGGAGAUUGGGGGCAGACAGGGACUUUCCUCUGCCGGCAGCACCGAGAAGGAAGCGGCGCGGGGGGCCGGGGCCGGGGAGUUCCCCUUUCGUACUCGGGGGAGGAAGGGACUUUACACACACCCCUCACAUGAAAGCUAGCACCGCACCAGUGCCAGGAGUGGCAUUUCCUCACAGGAUUUCCUAAGACUAGAGGGAUUUAGUCUGGGGUAGAGACUUGUAUUAUUUCUCCCUCCCCGCCCCACCCCCCCCCUUCUAUCACCGAAAAACGUUUAUACCCUGUGAUUACUCUGGGAAAAGGGAAUAUGAGCGGCCCUUGUCUUCCCCACAGGGAAAGAAGAAGGAAAAAAAAAAAAAAAGCUUGAUGAACUUCACAGAAGAGUUCGAGCUUGGAAAUAUGGAGUUUAUAGAGAAUAGAUAUAUUUUUAAAAGCUCUAGAUCAGAACUACUACACAGUGCUUUUAAAAAGUGUUUAAUGAAACAAAGUUUACAGACAGAAGCCCUAAGUGGAAAGACCUUAUGGUUUUGUAGAUACGGUGACUCCAGUCUUUGUUGUAUAAAGGUUGGGGGAGCUGACAAGGUUUUUGUACAGUAUUUUCUCCUCCGUUGUAUUGAUUUUUGUAUAAAAAUGUAACUUUACGUGUCUAACACGUAUUAAAUAUUUUGAAGCAACUUAA